GGAAAAAAUAGUAGUAUUAAUUUAAUGAAUGAGAGAAAUUAACAUUUUGUUUAAUUUACAAGACAAGAGAAUAAAUUACGAUUAAUAUAUAUUGAGUUUAAUAUUGAUUGGAUAAGUAUUUGUUUUGUUUUAACAACUAUGAUUUUGUUGUCCAUGUUUUGUGGCAAUUUUGGUGGCACCGAAAAAGCCAUGGUAGGCAUGAAAAAGGGUAGAGGCAGAGUUUCCUUUUAAAUUUCCAGAUGUCGUUUACCCCAUUUUUGGACUCUAGAUCAAAUCAAAUGGCCACUUUGUUUUCUCUUCAUCCUUGUCUUGGUGUUGGUGUAAUUGCACCUCCUAAACCAAAACCAAAACCAAUACACAAAAAAGGGAGAUUAGCCUUGUUGAUCUUGGGAAAGCUUUUCCACCUUUGAGAAAAAGAUUAAGGAAUAACUCUGAGGAUCAAUGGGGAUUUUGUAUGGAAUGGUGGCAAGGGGAGAGGUGGUUCUGGCUGAGUUCAGCGCCACCCAGAGUAAUGCCAGUGUGGUAGCCAAACAGAUACUCAGCAAGAUCAAUGUCGGGGACGACAACAACAAAGACAGCAAUGUCUCCUUUUCCCAUGAUCGCUAUGUUUUUCAUGUCAAGAGGACAGAUGGCCUCACUGUUCUUUGCAUGGCUGAUGAUGCAUUUGGAAGAAUGAUCCCUUUUGCAUUUCUUGAAGAUAUUCAUAAAAAAUUUGUGAAGACAUAUGGGCGUGCGAUUCUUUCAUCUCCUGCCUACGCCAUGAACGAUGAGUUCUCAAGGAUCCUGAGCCAGCAGAUGGAUUAUUACUCCAAUGACCCAAAUGCUGAUAGAUUGAACCGUCUCAAAGGUGAAAUGACUCAGGUGAGAACUGUGAUGGUGGACAACAUUGAAAAAGUAUUGGAGAGAGGUGGGAGGUUGGAACUGUUGGUAGAGAAAACUUCAGCAAUGAAUAACAAUUCAAUUCGUUUCAGAAAACAUUCCCGUCGUUAUAAAAAUAACUUGUGGUGGAGCAACGUUAGGUUAACGGUUGCCCUUAUCAUAGUAUUCAUCGUUGUAUCUUACAUUAUACUCGCCUUCCUCUGCCGUGGUCCCUUGUUGACUAAUUGCUUGAGAUAAGCUCUGAAGGCAACCAAAAAGGGUCAGUCAAAGAAGGAUGACUCUGCAAGUUGCCCUCUUGAAGAUUGUUCGUGUAAUUGCUUUUUUGAAUUUCCUUUGCAUUAAUGCUAUCAAAUCAGGCAUAUGGGUAGCAUUUUUAUGAAAGAAAGAUAUAACCUUUGGGUGAAAUUUUUGGAACCUAAAAAUCGCAAUAACAAAGUUGUUCAAAGCUUUAAGCCCUA